CUAUCUAGGUAUAUAUUGUGUGCCGUGGAAGCAGCCGUGUAGAUGGCAGAUGGAGUCGUCGUAUUUGCAUUCCCCAUCAUCCAUUCAUCCAUGUGAAUAUUCAACAUCGAUGCCCGUCACGGUGACAUUGGCAAUACAGCGAGCAUUGGCCCGUGAACCACGAGGAUGCGAGUCCGCACGUACUCGCUCUCACUCACUCGCUCGCUCAGCCACGAUCGCCGGACAGUCCAUUCACACGCUCAUCAAACCUGCCCUACAGCUGUGCCACGGAUCCAACGCCUUUUUCAUGCUCGCUGCUCCGAGGCCUUCGUCAUGUUCCACAUCUCUUACAACUUGCAACUUGCGACUCCAACAAGUCCUCUCGGCAUCCAUUGCCCAUCUCCCCCUUCUUCCUUUGCAGCAAUUCGCUUCAAGGGCGCCGGGAUAAAACCAUAUAGACCACAAAUUUAAAACAAAAAGUCAAUUCCAAUUCAUUGGUACACACAGCACCCUGCUGCUGAGUAUGAUCAUCUUAAUUCGCCACACCAUCAAUCUCACUCUCCCAUUCAGCCUCCUCCUCUCCCAACCCCCCAGCCAACAACACCCUUUUCCCGAAUCCGUGUCCCGGCCCCAUCAAUGGUCCACCGCAGCUACAGUAACACAGCAGUAUAAUUACGCCGCGCCUCCACUUGCUCAGCCUCCCCAUCCAACUCCAUUCCACCACCACCAACCUCCUCCUCCACCUACAACCUACCCGGAACUCCAGCAUCCCCUUUCACAAAAAGGAAAGUGCUCCAGGUCCCAAAAGUCAGCCUGAUGAGCAAAAUGACGUAUGACAGGCGGCGUCCUCUUUGAAAAUAUCCGAUCAGAAAUUUGCAACAGUCGUAAACGCUGAGUGCUCAAGCAACGCCGUCGCGUCUAGAACCGACCCUCCUCCCAAUCAUCCAAUCUCCUGCAAUCGCAUUGGAACAGAGAUAUCAUUUCAUUCAUGCGUUGCGAAUCUCCGUAUCGCCUGUUUCAUCCCGUUCUCUUGUACUCCACUCCCCGCUAGCCCACCACCACCACCCCCUGGCCCCCAUGGACUAUAGUAUAGCGUAGCGUAGCGUGGUCCCAUUCUUACGCUAGACAUUGCGUGCAGAUUUCGCGAUUGGUUGGCGCAUUUUCGCCUAACUCCAAAAAGUACUACUGUACGUACGUUGCUUAGUCCGUUGAAUAAUGGUCAUGAACCUCAUCUUAAACACACACACGAGAUGGUUGAGAAAGCCCGGAUACCGUAGAUUGCGCUUCCAUCUAGCCAAAAUCUCCAUGUUUUGCGUAAUACUCUGGAAAUCAACAUGUACAUCAAAGCCUCACGGAGUCUUCCUAUCCUCGACUCCUACUCUUUCCCUAAAAUGAAACCUGAAACGCAAUCGUUAUAUUGCUUGAUCCCAUUCACGAUCUUCCUUGCUCUCUCUCUUCUAAACCCAAACGUACCACGCCCCCGACAAGAGAAAUCUCACAUGCAAGCACGCAAUAGUACAUGUAUAACUGCGGCGUCCCCCGCCGAGUCUAGCCCGCGCUCAUCACCUAGCUCUCUCACACACAGACAAUUGACCCGUUCACGUCCACCCCGUGCCGCAAUUCCCCACAGUUCCUUUGCGCGCCGUAACCUUGCAC